AACGGCAGCCAUACGCUGCGAGAGCCUCAGAAGCACAUUGGACUGUACUACCAGAAAGUUUUUCUUCCGCGGUGUCCUGUCGCAUUUAGGAGUUCAUAUGGAUAGUGCAUAGUGGGGUGACAGUUGGAGGUUUUCUCAUCGUUUGUGUUGUUUUCAACUGCUUAUAAGAACAUACAUGUUGAAGGUUUUUGUGCUUAAUCACUAACUCAACUCCGUGAGACAUUCAAAAUGGCGGAUUUUGAAGGCGCAGCGAAUCUUGGCCCGAAUGAACUGAAACACCUCACCAUUGACCGGACAGUGAUCAAUGAUCCAGCAGUUCAAGCAGAAUGGGCAUCAAAAAGAUUAGUAUGGGUUCCAGACGAAACCAACGGUUUUACGGCAGCCAGUGUAAAAGGCGAAAAAGGCGAGCAGGUGGAGGUUGAAGUGGAAGAAACCGGGAAAAGAAUUCUGGUACACCGAGAUGAUAUUCAAAAAAUGAACCCACCAAAAUUCAACAAAGUCGAAGAUAUGGCAGAACUGACAUGCCUGAACGAAGCCUCAGUUCUGCACAAUUUGAAAGACAGAUAUUAUUCUGGUUUGAUAUACACAUACUCUGGACUGUUUUGUGUGGUUGUGAACCCAUACAAGAAGCUCCCUAUCUACACAGAAAAAGUUAUUGAACUGUACAAGGGGAAGAAGCGCCACGAAGUUCCACCACAUGUCUAUGCCAUUGCAGACUCAGCAUAUAGGUGUAUGUUGCAAGAUCGUGAAGACCAGUCAAUCUUGUGCACAGGUGAGUCUGGUGCUGGAAAGACUGAAAACACAAAGAAAGUGAUCCAGUACUUGGCCUACGUUGCUGCUUCAAAUCGUCAGACACGGACUUCAGUAUCCAAUAUCCAGCAUGUCACGAACAAGGAGUUCAACCUCGGGGAGCUAGAGAACCAGCUUCUGCAAGCCAACCCAAUCCUUGAAGCAUUUGGCAACGCAAAGACCAUAAAAAAUGACAACUCCUCCAGAUUUGGCAAGUUUAUUCGCAUCAAUUUUGAUUCUUCUGGAUAUAUCUCAGGAGCAAAUAUUGAAACCUACCUUCUGGAGAAGUCUCGUGCUGUGCGACAGGCAGAGGGUGAACGAACCUUUCACAUCUUUUACCAGUUUUUGACAGGAGCCACUCCUCAACAGCGCAAGGAGUUUCUGCUAGAAGACAUGAGCAAGUACAAGUACUUGACCCAUGGAGCUGUCAGUGUACAAGGGGUGGAUGACAGUAUAGAAUAUCAGAGCCUUUUGGAGUCCAUGGCCAUUAUGGGAUUCACUCCUGAUGACCAGGGAGCCUUACUUCGUGUGAUCUCAGCAGUACUUAUGUUUGGAAACAUGCAGUUCAAACAGGAUAGGAACUCUGACCAAGCUACAUUGCCGGACAACACUGUGGCCCAGAAAGCUUGCCACCUGUUAGGAUUGCCUGUGACUGCCAUGACACAGGCCUUCCUCAAACCUUAAAUCAAAGUGGGGCGUGACUUUGUCACAAAGGCACAGACUAAGGCGCAGGUGGAGUUUGCAGUUGAAGCUAUUUCCAAAGCUAUGUAUGAACGCAUGUUCAAGUGGAUUGUGCAGCGAAUCAAUAAAUCACUGGACCGUACUAAGAGGCAAGGGGCCAGCUUUAUUGGCAUUUUGGACAUUGCCGGCUUUGAGAUCUUCAAGAAAUCUAGCCAGAAGCACUGCCUUCCUUCCUCCUGUGGUUGGUCUCAGAAAAGAGGUGGAAGAAUUAAGGAAGCGAUGAACUCCUUUGAGCAACUGUGCAUUAACUAUACAAAUGAGAAGCUCCAACAGCUCUUCAACCACACCAUGUUCAUUCUGGAGCAAGAGGAAUAUCAGCGAGAGGGCAUUGAAUGGAAGUUUAUUGACUUUGGCCUUGACCUCCAACCCACAAUUGACCUUCUGGAGAAGCCAAUGGGUAUCUUUGCCUUGCUGGAUGAAGAGUGCUGGUUCCCCAAGGCCACUGACAAAACCUUUGUGGACAAGCUGCUGGCUCAGCACACAUCUCAUCCUAAAUUCCAGAAACCAGAUUUUCGUGCUGAUGCACAUUUCUCGAUCAUUCACUAUGCUGACAAGGUGGACUACUCAGCUGACCAGUGGCUGAUGAAAAACAUGGAUCCCUUAAAUGAAAAUGUUGUAGCUAUUCUGCAAGCUUCAACAGAUCCAUUUGUUGCAGGCAUCUGGAAAGAUGCUGAAAUCGUAGGAAUGGGUGCACAGCAAGCUGCUGCAGGGGACACCAUGUUUGGCUCACGCACUCGCAAGGGCAUGUUCCGCACAGUUGGGCAGCUUUAUAAAGAGCAGCUUAGCAAAUUGAUGGCAACACUUCGCAAUACAAACCCUAAUUUUGUCCGCUGUAUCAUUCCCAACCAUGAGAAGAAGGCUGGAAAGAUUGAUUCACCACUGGUUUUGGACCAGCUGAGGUGCAAUGGUGUGCUGGAGGGUAUCCGCAUCUGUCGCCAAGGAUUCCCAAAUCGUAUCCUCUUUCAAGAAUUCCGUCAGCGAUAUGAAAUCUUGACUCCUAAUGCAAUUCCACGUGGUUUCAUGGAUGGCAAAAAAGCUGUUGAAAAGAUGAUUUCUAGCCUGGAGCUGGAUACAAACCUCUACCGUAUUGGUCAGUCCAAGAUAUUCUUCAGGGCAGGUGUGCUGGCCCACCUAGAAGAAGAGAGGGACCUCAAGCUGACUGACAUAAUUGUGCAGUUCCAGUCUUUGGCACGAGGUCUCAUUGCUCGCAGAAAUUACCAGAAACGCCUGCAACAGAUCAAUGCCAUCCGUGUGAUUCAGCGGAACUGUGCUGCAUAUCUUAAACUGCGCAACUGGCAGUGGUGGCGUCUGUUUACUAAGGUAAAGCCACUGUUAUCAGUGACAGGUCAGGAGGAGAAGCUGCACACAAAAGAGGAAGAGCUUCGCAAGGUGAAAGAAGUGUUUGAGAAGCAGAAGCAGGAAGUAGAACAAUUAGAACAGCGCUAUGCCCAGAUCAUUGAGGAGAAAAAUAUUUUGGCAGAACAGCUGCAGGCAGAAACCGAACUUUGUGCUGAGGCUGAAGAGUCACGGGCACGUCUGGCCAAGCGUAAGGAGGAGUUAGAAGAGAUCCUGCACGACAUGGAGCUACGGAUGGAGGAGGAAGAAGAACGAAUAGCAGCUCUGGCUGAUGAGAAAAAGAAACUGCAGCAGACAGUAAAUGAUCUUGAGGAACAGCUAGAAGAGGAAGAGCAAGCUCGGCAAAAACUACAGUUGGAGAAAGUGGCUGCGGAUGCUAAAUUAAAGAAGCUUGAGGAAGACCUGGCAAUAAAUGAGGACAGUAAUUCUAAGCUCAUCAAAGAAAAAAAGUCUCUGGAAGAAAGGUUGAGCGAAGCCAAUGCUCAAAUUGUAGAGGAGGAAGAAAAGUCCAAGCAGCUUGGCAAGCUGAAGAACAAGUAUGAAGCGAUCAUUGCUGACCUAGAAGAGAGGCUUCGGAAAGAAAUACAGGCACGACAAGAGUUGGAAAAGAUUCGGCGUAGGUUGGAGACAGAGCUAAAUGAUUUGCGGGACCAACUGAAUGAGAAACGGCUUCAGGUAGAAGAUCUCCAGGCUCAACUUGCUAAACGUGAGGAGGAGGUCCAAAUCUCCUUGCAAAAGGCUGAUGAGGAGACUGUUUCCAAACAAAGUAUCCAGAAGCAGUUAAGGGAGCUGGUCAACCAGCUACAGGAAGUGCAAGAAGAUCUUGAGGCUGAACGCGAAGCCCGCAACAAAGCAGAAAAACUAAAGCGAGACUUAAAUGAGGAACUAGAAGCUUUGAAGACAGAACUGGAGGACUCGCUCGACACCACAGCAGCUGUUCAGGACCUCCGCACUAAGCGAGAACAGGAGUUGCAGGAGCUAAAGCGAACAUUGGAGCAAAGUCAACGUACGCAUGAAGAACAGCUGCAAGAAAUGCGUUCAAAAUACAAUCAACAGAUUGAGACACUCAAUGAAGAAGUUGAGAAUGCCCGCAAGGCAAAAGCAACUCUUGAAAAAGUAAAAUCUACGCUGGAAGCAGAGAAUCAAGAUUUGGUGUCAGAUCUGAAAAGUGUACAGAUGGCCAAGACUGAAUCUGAACGCAAGCGCAAGCAAGUAGAACAGCAAUUUGCUGAAGUCUCCAUCCGCCUCCAGGAACAAGAGCGUAGUCGUGGGGAGACAUCUGAUCGUGUUCAGAAGCUUCAGGUGGAGUUGGAGCAGGCCAAUGCACAAUUGGAGCAGGUGGAUACAAAGGCCUUGCAGUUGUCUCAGCGUGUGUCCUCACUGGAGGCUCAGCUGGCUGAUUCCCAGGAUAUUUGUCAGGAAGAAACGCGGCAAAAACUAGCACUUCAGUCAAGGCUUCGCCAGGCAGAAGAAGAGCGGGAGGCUGCUCAGGAAAAACUGGAAGAAGAAGAGGAAAUCCGACGUUCCUUAGAGAAAACUGUUGCAGAACUUAACCAGAAGAUUAUUGAGGUGAAAAGGAAGGCUGAAGAAGAUCUGGCUAAUAAUGAGGCUCUUGAGGAGUACAAGAAGAAGACUCAGCGUGAAGUGGAGCAGCUGUACACCCAGCUUGAAGAAACACGGGCAAAUGCUGAUCGUCUUGACAAGUCUCGCAAGAAACUACAAGCUGAAGUGGAUGACCUGACCAUUGCCUUGGAGACCCAUCGCUCUAAUGCCAGCAACAUGGAAAAGAAGCAGCGCAAGUUUGAUCAGAUGCUGGCUGAAGAAAAGGCCGUGUCUGAGAGGUUGGCUGCUGAACGUGACCAGAUUGAGAAGGAAAGUAGGGAAAAAGAAACAAAGAUCCUGAACUUGACUCGUAACCUUGAUGAGCUUCAAGAGCGGGUGGAUCAGCUGGAGCGUAUUCGUCAGCAGCAGGCCCGAGAACUAGAGGACCUCAUUUCAUCAAAGGACGAUGUUGGCAAAAAUGUCCAUGAACUAGACAAGGCCAAACGUAACCUGGAAGCUACAGUAGCUGAGCAGAGGCAACAAAUAGAGGACUUAGAAGAUGAACUUCAGGCAGCAGAAGAUGCAAAACUGCGUUUGGAAGUGAACAUGCAGGCCCUGAAGGCUCAGUAUGACCGUGAUGUUGCUGGUCGUGAGGAGCUGGAAGAAGAGUCUAAGAGAUCAUUGCUUAAACAGUUGCGAGAAAUGGAAGCAGAGCUUGAGGAUGAGCGCAAGCAGAGAGCCAUUGCAGUAAACGCUCGCAAUAAGUUGCAAGGAGAUUUGCAAGGCUUAGAGCAGCAAGUGGAAAUGGCCAACAAGGUGAAGGAAGAUGCUGUUAAGCAGUACAAGAAGCUGGCUGCUCAGAUGAAGGAUUACCAGCGCGAAGUUGAAGAGGCACGCAUUGCACGGGAGGAGAUGGCUGCUGCUGUGAAAGAUAAUGAAAAGCGGGUGAAGAACUUGGAAGCAGAACUGCUAAGAUUGCAGGAGGAUCUGGCUGCUGCAGAAAGGGGUCGACGUCAUGCAGAGGCAGAACGGGAUGAGCUGGCUGAUGAGAUUGGCAGCAGUGCGUCUGGAAAGCAAGCACUUCUGGAUGAAAAGAGACGCCUGGAGGCAAGGAUAUCAGAACUGGAAGAUGAGAUGGAGGAUGAACACACAAAUUCCGAGAUGGCUAAUGAUAAGGCUCGCAAGGCACAGAUACAGAUGGACCAGAUGGCUGCUGAUCUGGCAGCAGAGCGUUCAGUGUCACAGAAGCUUGAAAAUCAGAGGCUGGUCCUUGAGCGCCAGAACAAAGAAAUGCGUGACAAACUUCAGGAGCUGGAGGGGCAGAAUCGAGCUCGUACUAAAGCUACCAUAACUGCCCUCGAGAGUAAGAUUGCCAAUCUGGAGGAACAGCUUGACCAAGAAGCAAAAGAGCGGGCAGCACUGGCUCGCACCAAUCGCAAGAUGGAAAAACGCCUUAAGGAACUGAUGAUACAGGCGGAAGAUGAGCGUCGCAGUGCUGAUCAGUAUAAGGAACAGCUUGAGAAGAUGAACAGCCGAGUGAAGGCUCUAAAGCGACAGGUGGAUGAGGCUGAGGAAGAGUCGGCACGCAUCAAUGCUCAGAAGCGAAAGUUGCAACGUGAACUGGAUGAUCAAAUGGAGCAGAACGAUGUCCUUGUACGCGAGACCUCCCAGCUGAGGAAGUACAGACCAGCAGCUCAGACACGCGGGCGAGGAGCAUCAUCCAUGGCAUCCAGAUUGGAAGAUGAAAGUGCGGAUGAUGGACAGGAAGAAGGCUCGGAGACAUGAUUAGCAUCUGUUUAGUCCUUUGUCCAGUUUCCUCAGAAAUCAUGAGCAUGCAAACUUGAACUUUUAACAUCAAUUUCACUUGGAGACAGACCUUUCAUGUAGUAACACUUUUGACAGUCUAGAUGUUGAUAUUUCUUACUCCAGAACUCACAUUGAUCUACCAUCUGCAUGUCGUUACACAGCAGCUCAUUGUUUCUUAAUUAGUUAAUAAUAAUCUACAGCAUGAUACAUUAUUUUAUCAUUCAAACUUAAAACUUUAACUGGUGUAAUCAAUAGAAAUAGCAAAACAGGAAGACUUAUUAUAUGAAUGCUUAUAUGUAUUGUGAUGCCAAAUUCCAAAGGCAAAAAAAGUGUAUAUAGCGAUGCUUGCUUUGUCUUGGGUUAGUCAUGCCAGACAUGAAAUUCCCGUAUUCAGAUUUGUUUCUUUUUUCCUGAAAACUGCUUUUCUUCUUGUGGUUCUUGCUUUUGUCAGCUGUGUAGGUGAUUUGUAUGAAUCUUCACCACUAUAGUGGGAGAAGAAUUGAAGUUUUGCACAAAUGAUAGAUAAAAAUUCACUGAACUAAAUUAAGACAACUACUUUCCUUGUUUCCUGUAUCUUGGCGUCUGCUCUUGAUUCUUCAUAUUUCAUACUUAACAUGGUGCCUAAGGUGACCCUAAGGAUAAUGACACAUAAGCAAGACUUUCUGUAGAACUGCUGUUUUCUAUGCAUGCUGGGUCUUCAUGCAAGAAACAACUAUGUCAUUAUUUCUCAUAAGAACAAGGUCAGAAUGAUUGCUGGGUGAUGUGUACAAGGACAUUUAAUAAACCUUUCAUAUAACAGUCCAUGGCAUAUAUAUGUAUAUGGAAAAAUGCAAAUAUAGCUCUGGCAUGUCUCUGGGACCACUGGAUUAUGCACAAUGUAAUAAAACAGAAAGGUAUUGGAUGAAGUGUUAUUUUCGAGACCGCACUGUAUAUAAAAUUGUCUUUUUUUUUUUGCUUGCCUCCUUUACCCAAUUCACUUUCACCAUUGAGGUAUGUAAUAUGCAUUUACAAUUACUGUAAGCAACUAUUUUUUAUACUGGAGAUGCAGUCAGGUAGCCUGUCAUAUGUGCUUUUUAGAGAAAAAUCUUGCAGUAGAUUUUGUCAACAAGAUGGCCUGUUUAAAUUUCUUGGGAACAAUUUGUUGAGUGGUGCCAUUAUUAUUUCCAAAUUGAUCUUUGUGGAUGUCAUUGCUGCCUUGUUCCCUGUGCUCUUGAUCAACUCAAUUUUUUGGAUCAGUCACUACCUGCAUCUCUUCAGUAGUGUCUUGAGUUAUUGGCUUGGCCUUUCACAUACUUUACAAGUGCUCAAGGGAUCACUACCUUGCCUAUUUGUCAUAUCAGAUAUGAAUCAUAUAGUAAAAACCAUAAUUCUGCGCUAUUUUUACUGCUUACAGCAAUAAGUAUCAAGAAUGUGCUUCGCUGAACUUGUGAAAUAAAAAGCUCUAUAUUAUA